AUGGAGAACAGAACAGARGUGACCGAGUUCAUCCUCCUAGGACUCACCAGUGCCCCAGAACUACAGGUGGCCCUCUUUAUCAUGAUCAUCCUCAUCUACUUCAUCAAUGUGGUUGGGAACCUGGGGAUGAUCAUACUGAUCYUCUUGGACUCUCGUCUCCACACUCCCAUGUACUUUUUCCUGGGUAACCUAUCUCUGGCAGAUUUCUGUUACUCCUCAGCGGUCACUCCCACAGUCAUGGCUGAAUUCAUUUUAGGAAAUUGCAAAAUAUCCUACAAUGCCUGUGUUGCUCAGGCCUUGUUGUUUGGAGGAUUUGCCAGUGUGGAAAAUUUAUUMUUGGCCGCAAUGGCCUAUGACCGCUAUGCUGCAGUGUGUAAGCCCCUGCACUACACCACCACCAUGACAACACAUGUGUGUGCGUGUCUGGCUGCAGGCUGCUACCUGGGAGGUUUCCUGAAUGUCUCCAUCCAUGUUGGGGAAUCGUUCAGUCUCUCCUUCUGUAAGUCCAAUGUGGUCCAUCACUUUUUCUGUGAUGUUCCAGCAGUCAUGGCUCUCUCUUGCUCUGAUAGACACGUCAAUGAGCUGGUUCGUUUAGCCAGCUUCAAUGUUCUUUUUGCCCUUCUAGUCGUCUUGGUAUCCUACUUAUUCAUAUUCAUCACCAUCCUAAAGAUGCACUCAGUUGCAGGAUAUCAGAAAGCUCUGUCCACCUGUGCCUCCCACYUCACUGCAGUCUCCAUUUUCUAUGGGACWRUUAUCUUCAUGUACUUACAGCCCAGCUCCAGUCACUCCAUGGAYACRGACAAAKUUGCCUCUGUCUUUUAUACGAUGGUCMUCCCCAUGCUGAAYCCWGUGGUCUAUAGCCUCAGGAACAAGGAGGUCAAGAGUGCAUUCAAAAAAGUUAUUGGAAGCACCAUUUAUUGA